AUGCCAUCGUAUGGCCCCCCAUCUGCAUUGCGCACAGUCCAGUACUACAUCUUCAUCUUCGCUUCGUUUUUUCUGUCCUUAUGCUUUUUGGCGGUUAUAUUUGUCGGGGCCCUGAUCCACACAGCCGGAACCGCAAUCUCGGAGACUCGUCUGCGAUGGAGUGGGCACAACCCAGACACAAGGAGGUCUUUCUAUACAGAGGAACAGGCGCGCAGGAAGGCAAGAGCUAGCGCCGAUCGGAGAUGGGCUCUGCGCCAGCAGAAGAGGGAUGUGGACGAGGAACAGGGACCCGAAGAAUGCCAAGAAUGCCCGUCAUUGGAAGGCGGAAAGGAUCCUGUGGUUGGCGACGUCGCAUACUAUGCCCGCCGAGUGGGUCUCGAUGUGGAAACAUUCCGUGUCCAGACCGAGGACGGUUUCAUUAUCACUUUGUGGCAUGUGUACAAUCCCCGGGAGUAUGAGGCAUUAUCACCGGAAGAGCGGCGUGAGCGCGGACCUGAAGUUUUCACUAAGCCGAGAAUGCCGAAUGCAUCUCGUCCACAUUCUAAUCGUCGAUAUCCUGUUCUCCUGGUCCAUGGAUUGCUACAAAGCGCUGGUGCAUUUUGUACAAACGACGAGGACAGUCUGGCAUUUUACCUUUGCAAGUCCGGCUAUGAUGUUUGGUUAGGAAAUAACCGCUGUGGGUCACAUCCGGAGCACACCACUUUGUCGACCGACGACCCGCGUAUGUGGUCUUGGGACAUUCGACAUCUCGGGACCCUGGACCUUGCAGCACUCACUUCGCGUGUGCUCUACGAGACUGGAUUCGAGAAGCUAGGUCUUGUGUGCCACUCCCAAGGAACCACGCAGACCUUCGUUGCUCUAGCGAAGGAACAUCGUCCUGAGCUGGGUGAAUAUAUCUCAGUUUUCUGCGCGCUUGCACCGGCUGCAUAUGCCGGCCCCCUUGUGAGCAGACCGUAUUUCCGAUUCAUGAGCCUUCUCUCCCCGGCGAUGUUCCGAGUCGUCUUUGGAAUUCACUCUUUCAUUCCUUCCAUGAUGACCGCUCGGCGUCUACUCCCACCUAGAAUAUAUGGAACCCUAGCAUAUUGGGUGUUCUCCUUUUUAUUCGACUGGUCUGACACGCGCUGGGAGCGUGAUCUGCGCCAUCGAAUGUUUCAAUUCGCUCCUGUAUAUGUCAGUGCUGAGUCGAUGCGCUGGUGGCUGGGAAGCGACGGUUUUGCGAAACAUAAAUGCAUUUUGUCCACAGACGACGAGCUCUUCCAGGAGACAAACGCGAGCCCGCAUAUGCGAGAUCCCGUUUCUAACCACGGUGACAAUCCCGGAGACGCAUGUUUGGGAACUCCAGCCCCAAGCCCCUGGUAUGGCCCGAGAACACCACCGUUUGCAUUCUGGAUCGGAGGUUCCGAUGCUCUUGUUGAUGGUCGCCGGCUUCUGAAUCGCUUCCAAAGUGGCCGUGAACCCCAUGUGAGUCUCGUUCAUUCGAAAAUCAUUGAAGAAUAUGAGCAUCUCGAUGUCCUUUGGGCGAUGGACGCGAUCGACCAAGUUGGCAGGGAGGUCAGCCAGGUUAUUUGGACAACUGUCCCUGAUGACGCACGUCAGAUAUGUCGCACCCCGCGCGGUUUGAAUAUAGACAUGGUAGACAGGGGCUAG